CUUUUUAGUAAUUUGUCCGGCAUGCAUCGAAGAGGUGCCGGCGUGGGGGCCAUUAAAAAUAAGACAGCAGUACAAGCCAAAUUUAAAGACAAAGGAACUGAGCUUGCUUCACAGCAGUUAGCUGAGAUGUCCUCCCAGAUGGAGAUUUUCAAAAAAAACCUUGAAGAAUUUGCUACAAAGUAUAGAGAGGAGAUUAAGAAGAAUUCCAAAUUUAGAUCUCAGUUUCAAGAGAUGUGUGCUACCAUAGGGGUUGACCCAUUAACAUCUAGCAAAGGAUUUUGGUGCAAGCUAUUGGGCGUGGGUGAUUUCUACUAUGAAUUGUCGGUGCAAAUAGUUGAGGUCUGCCUGGCCACAUCGCACAGGAAUGGAGGAAUAAUGAAGUUGGAUGAGUUGAGAACAAAGUUGAACAUAUCUAGAGGCAGAAAUAAGCAGGAAGUCACAAACGAAGACAUUAUGACAGCCAUUAGGACUAUGAAGGUUCUUGGGAAUGGCUUUCGUGUGUUAGCCUUGGAUAAUAACGGCCAGUACCUCAUUCAGAGCAUUCCCGCCGAGUUAAACAUGGAUCACAUGACUAUCAUCAAGGAAGCCCAUGAAAAGAGUUACGUGACAGUCGGUGAACUCAGUGGAAAAUUGAAGUGGGAUACGCUGAGAGUAGAGCAGGCGCUUGACUUCUUGGUGUUGGAAGGUUUGGUGUGGUUGGAUGAACAGUCAGCGGUUGAAACUCAGUACUGGUUUCCUGGCCUAUUUCACGAAAGAAGGAAAGAAUAAAUGAAUGAAUGAAUGAAUGAAUGUGUGAAUGGAUGUAAGAAUGAAUGAAUGAAUGAAUGAAUAAAUGAAUGAAUG